GUUUAUGUACAUUAUAACUGCAGUGCACGCAUGGGAACCUGAUUCAUAAGAUUGAGUCAUUUCAGAAAUUUCCAACAUUGCAGCUUAAUUUGAAAUAUUAAAGCAGCAAAGCCUCUCAAAAGGAAGAACGAUGCAAAAUAUGCUAAAAUGAAAAAUACCAGCUUUCCUGUUCCUCUGCUGCUGCUUGGCCUGCUGUGUUCAUCCACUCUACACCUUAUUAUCCCAUGAUGCAAAACAUAAUCCUUUGUAAUGCCACUGACCCAGUCACAGAAACUGAUUUUGGUAUUCUUUCAGACAGAGUUUGGAUUCAUCUGCUGAUAUGUUAAUUUGAAUUAGGGGCAGGCAAUUGCCCCUCCAGACUGCACACCAUUCAAUAAAAUCAUGGUUUGAUCUGAUUAUACAUUCAGCUGCGCGUUCCAGCCUAACUUCAGUCUUAACAGCAUCACUUGAUGUCAUCAGCAGAAAAGCAGCUCACUUGAGACCUAUUCUAAAAACCUAUAACCACAAAGGGACUUGGUGAAUUUAACAUUUUGUUUUGGAAAGGUGUUGUAUUUGUGAAGAAAUGACUGAGGAUGAAAUUCAGAGAAAAGAUUCUGUCAACAUUUAGUUGUGGGUGGAUCAGUGCUGGAUCAGAAAGCAUAAAAUUAAUCUAAACGCAAUGAAGUAUUUUUCACAGACGUUUAAAUUACCAAGGAUUUUGCCUUUUACAGCAGCAUGAUUGGUGGUGGAGGAGAAGAGAGUUGGCAGGAUGAGGAUAAUGACUUUAUCUUAACGAAAAGGUGUCUGCUCUCUGCAGCUUAUUUAGAUAAUCAGAAAUGGGACCAGCGAGAGAAAGACCCUCAAAAUCUGGCGAAAUUAGCUAUGCUAAUGGAUGUAACCUACGAGAAGAAACUUCCUGUCAGCUCGUUGACAAUAGCACGGUUUAUUGACAACAUUUCUUCAAGAGAAGAGGUCGAACAAGCUGAAUACUACCUUUACAAGUUUCGACAUAGUCCAAACUGCUGGUAUUUAAGAGAUUGGACAAUCCAUAGCUGGAUUCGACAGUGUUUGAAGUAUGACGCGAGAGACAAGGCCUUGCACACUAUAAGAAACCAGAUACAAUAUGGAAUUUUUCCAGACAACUUCACAUUUAAUCUACUCAUGGACUCCUUUAUUAAAGAGGAAGAUCUAAAAAGUGCGAUAGCUGUUGUCAAUGAAAUUAUGCUACAAGAAGCGUUUGAUGAGCCAUGUACGCAGCUUCUUUCCCUCAAUGUUCUACAUAAAUAUCUACAUAGUAAGCCAAAAUUAAAGUGGGAAGAUGAGAGGAAUCUGGGUGCAACUUUACUGUUGGUUGGACUGAAGCAGAAUAAUACUGUUGGAUUUAGCUCUCAACUUCUGGGUCUUGUAUUUCUCGGAAAAAUUGAACUAGCUAAGGGGAUCCGUGCUGUUUACACCAACAUGCCCCUCAUGUGGACCCCAGGAUACUUGAAUCGUGCACUAAAUGUGAUGGAAAAUACAGUGACGGCAUCAAAUGAAAUAAAGCUUUGCAAAGAAACAGUGGAUGUCAUGGCAACUAUAUUGGAGAUGGCAGCAUCUGAGACCAGUGAAUCCAUGGCAACAGAUGAAUCACAGGAAACAAGACGAGAUGCUGCAUUUGAAGACAGUGAUGAUGAUGAAAAUGAGAAAUCAAAACUUGCAGAAUACUUAAACAAAUUUAAGAAACUUUAUGCAGAGCUGGAGUCUGUUGGAAAGAUUGAAAGUGAAAGUCUGUUGACACUGACAGACAAACUGGUGAAAGAAGAUCUCCCCGCAUCUGAAGCUGAUGAAAUCCUUAAAUAUGAGAAGAAGUUAGAACAAUGGGAAGAAGAACGUGCUGCACUGAUUCAGAGAGAAAGGGAAUUGAAAGAGAAGGCUCGUCAAGAGAAGGAAGCCAGACUAGCAGCAAAAGCUGCAACUUAAGCCUAAUUAUGCUUCACCUUCUUUGCAAGUGAUAUCGACCUAUUAAUGAAAUUGUGUCAUAAAUUGCAGUAUGCGCAUGAUGUUUCAGUCAUUUUUCAAAGUUUUAAAGGAAUAUGAAUAAUUUGAUUCUUGCUGAUCGAUGAAUUCAGUGCUGUAAAUAUGCAGUUUUUCUCCUUAGCCACUUCAAUCUGGACAUCUGUAUAUGGAUCAUAAUAUUGUAAUUUCACAGUAACUGUAAAUCAGUAUCUAACUACAAAAUUAAAAUUAAAAAAGCUAGUUAUUUCCAGAAAACAAUAUUUCGUCAGCUAUUCUAUUAAAAGAGAUGAAUAUUUCAUAAAAAAUCAUUAGAAACAAAUCUCAAUGCCAUUAGGAGAGUAUAACUUUGAGGUUAGUGGUUGUGAUAAUUUCUCAAGUCGUUCGUAGGGCUGUAAAAUCCUCUGUAUAAAAUUGAGUUCUGAUGGAAAUUUAUGUAAUUGGUAAUAAGUUAUGAACAGAAAAUGAUUGACCAAGUAAUUUUAUCCAGAUUCUAUUUUAAAAUAUCAGUAAUUGAUGUAUUUUAUUUGGUUACUGAGAAUUUAAAGAUGGUAAAAAAAAAUCCCCCUUGUAUUUGCAUUUUUAUCUUUGUUAAAUCACACUAUAUGACCAAUUCAAGUCUGCUUCAGAUAAUCAAGACAUAAUCAUCGAGUAAACUGGAAAACAACAGUCAUAAAAUAAAAAUGCUGGUGUUUAGUUGUUUAUUACUGAACACUUCUAAAUCAUGA